AGAAUGGUUGUGAACGGUUGAGUCGAGUUGAGAAAACAAACAAACGGGCGAUAAAGACAUCAUCAAGUGAAACACACACACACGUACCUACACAAAGGCAAAAAUUGUUAACAAAAAACCAACAACAACAACAAGAAAAAAUAAUAAUAACAGUAGUGAAAGAAAGAAGAAAGCCAAACAAAAGUGGAGGAAAAAAAAAGUUGAAAGAAAACAUAUCCAUACUCUUCAUUAGUAGUAGCUGCUGAAUGGCUGGCUGACUGACGGACUGACUGGCUGGUUGGACCAUAGCACCCAAGAAAAAGUCAGACCACAUACGAAAAGAAAUUAACAACAACGACGAAGUGAAUUAAUGAAAGUCAAAUGUGAAUGUGUUCGAGUUGAAGUGUCAAAUCUGAAAAACAAACAUCAAAAAUAUUCAAGAAGCUUUGUGACAAAAAAAAAUACGCAGUGGCAGCCAAGCAACAGUUCAGCGGCAGAGGCAACUGAAAAGCUAACAACUACCACUACAGCUGCAACAUCACUGUGAUCUUCAUCAUCUGCUAAAACAACAACAAAGUUAAGAGAACAACAAAAACAAUAGCAGAAGAAAAACGUUAGUUUUUCUCAGACUCUGUUUUGUGUUUUUUUUUUUUGUUGUUGCGUUUUCGACUUGGAUUUGUGAGAUUGUGAAAUAUCAUCAAACCGAAGAAGAAGAAGAAGAAAAACGAAACGAAUAACUUGAACUGAAACUACUACUACCGUUCGUGAACGAAAACAACAACAACAUCGUCAUCAUUGUCUCUGAGUCUGAGAGGAGUCCAAGCCAGCUCCACAACUAUAUCUGUGAGCCGCCUCAAUUGCUGGCACCUAAGCUGGAAUCUAAGACGUUGCCACACCGCCAUAGCCAUUAGACCAUCAGUCUGUCAGUCAUCGUACUGUCUCAGCGCCGAAGCCGCCUCUUCGACCCUCCCUCCCUCCUUCCCGUGGCCAACGGGUGGAUACUGAAACCGUGGAUACUCUUAGUCAGCUAAACAUUUUGGAAACAACGAAAUUUCUCGGUUAACAGAAAUCGCAACAAAAUGGCGCUUCGAUUGCGUCGUGAUGUACAGAAGGCCUCAUACUAUGUCUGGUUUCUGGGAGCAGAAGAAGCCAAAGGCUUACGUGGAAAUCGAGUCAUAAAUUCCGUGCUGCCGUAUCUGAUAGAUAGAUCACGGUCACAGGAACCCAUUAAAGUGACCCUACAAGUAUCACACAAAGGAAUUAAAAUAAUACAGGGCUCUUCUAAACAUUUUAUACCACACAGUGCCAUAACCAGUUCGGUUCAGACAGAUGAUAUAGUCGCCUGCGUUUUAUUGCUCUACAACCCCAUAACCAAAUGUCCAUUACAUGUGCAUGCCUAUCGUUGUGAUUCGGAAACCACAGCAGAGGCCCUGAAUCAACAACUGCAGAUUUUAAUAAAUCGUCCCGAAAAUCAAAAACGUUUUGAGGAAUUGGAAUCAAGAUUGGGCAUAAUACCCGGCAUGCCGUCGGGCAAAAAUUCCAGUCAUGACGAUUUGUUGAACAGCAAAAAGGAAUCAUCACUACAUCAUGCGGCACAACAUGCCAGAUCGCGGCAUGAGGCACCACCAAAACGUCUACUCUCUUCGAUGGGCAGCGAUACGGGCAAUAGUACCCGCGAAUCGGAAGGCAGCGAUGACAUAAAUGGCAAUUCGCCCAUGUCCCGAUCGCCAUCAGGCAUAAAGCCACCGCUGCCUUUGCAACAACAGAACAACGAAUUAUUCGAUUCCUUGGCAGCGGAAUUACGUGCCAAACUCAAUGGUAAUGGUCCACCCUUGCUAUUGCCACCCAGAGACUAUGAUACGGUGCAUAGAUCCAAGGGUAAUCUGGCAGCCAUAGAACUGCGCAGAUGCCGUAAUUCUCUUAUUGUUGGCAGUGAUAGACCGGCAGGAUCGCCGAAUAUAACGGCGGGAAGUGGCAGCAAUGGUGGUGGAAAACAGGUUUCAUCACGUGGUUCUUCGGGCAUCGGCUCUGACUUGGCUCCCAGUCCUGAGCGCCAGGACAUAAACAGUUCAAGUGAUGACGAUCACUGGAGCAAUGAGGCCGAUAAUUCAGUCAUUGCCCUGAAACCAUCACAGAUUGCAAUGGAACGUUCGGCUCCCAUCAGUCAACAUCAUGUGAAUUUGUCACGAAAAAAUGCCGUCCAUCCCCGGGACGAUGGUUAUCUAAGAGAUUUGCCUGCCAAGCCAUACACACCACGCACUGCUGCAGCCACUAAACCGGAAAAGGUGCCCAUUGUCGAAAGAGAGGUGAAUCGAUCAAAAACUCCAGCUUCUAAUUCAUGGUGCCGGGAGGAUGAAAUUAAACCCAUAAUUGUAAGGCCCACAAAUUAUGAUUCGAAAAUCAAUCGAGUUUUGCAAAGUGAACAACAAUUCGCUCUGGAGGAUAAAGGUCGCUCGAAGCUGCAUGAAGAACGCAAGAGUGCCUAUUUGAAUCAUGUGGAAUCGGCUGAGCAACGUUUCAAAAGCAAAUCGAGUAAAAAUCUAGAUGAAUACGCCGAUGAUGCAGAUGGUCCCUUACCAGUGGCCCAUUCAAGCUAUCAUCGUAAGGAGAAUUUGACCGACAAACAGAAAUACAUUGAAUAUUCCAGCAAACCCAAGCCACUGCCCACAAAAUCCUAUGCCCACGAGGAGGUCCAAAGGUAUGGUGGCAAACAUCGUUAUGUUGAUCCUGCUGAUUUGCCGUUUGAACAGAACACAAAAGUUUCCGGAAAAUAUGGCAACUAUCAUCGAGAAUCUAAUUCGCCAGAACAUUCGGAAUUAAGUCAUCGUACUGCCGAACGUCCCGGUGCAAGAUCCCAUGACCGCCGUGAUGGGGAAAGGCUGAGACAUCGUUCACACGAACGCGAACCCGAACCAGAACAUCAUUCACGUGGCGAAAGGGAACAGUUGUCUCGCAGCAAAGAACGUAAUCCCUAUCGUGAACCGGAAAGUAUUCCCUACAUUGAGAGUAUGGAGAAGCUGAUGAAAUCCACUGCCAUGCGCUACAAAUCAUAUGACAACAGUGCCGAUAUUAAUGUACCCAGGUCCAAGGAACCGCUACAGAACAAAUUAAGUCAACGCAGCAAGACCCAUUCACAUCACGAUGAGGAACACGAUUUUGCCUAUAACAAUGGCUAUAGCCAUGGUCAUAGAUCUGGCGCUGCAGUACGUGGUGAAUAUGAAAGCUCUUCGAACAAGGAUCGAUUCAAAGAUGCCAAGGAUAAGUUCCGUUCCAUGGAAAGAUCAACAAGGUCAUCGGGUUAUGAGCUGGCCGAUGAAAAAGAACCACAAGAAUAUAAAUCGCGACAACGAGGUCCUUCCCAUACACCCGAACAUGCAACACAACGACCCUACGAUGACUGGAGUGAUGACGAACAUUUAUAUGAUAGUCCACCACCAGAAUUUAGGUCACGCUCUCGUUCCCGUGAUCAGUGGUUAGAUCAUGGUAGAUCGAAACCAUCACAACAGGUAUUACCACCGCUCGAGGUGGGUAGUCGUGGUGGGCGAAACCGAGAUCCAUCGUCAAAGCGAACGGAAUCACGUAAUCGUUUAGACAGUGGCGAAUAUCGGGAUGAUGUACCGUCACAACGUUAUCGUGAGGAACGCAUACGCGAUCAUUCGCGUGAAUAUCCCAGCAGGCGUGAUUAUACACCCGAAAGAAGUCACCACCAGCAUCAUCAUCAUCAACAACAACAGCGCAUAGAAUCGUCCCAUUAUCCAGUGCCGGCCAAUGGCAAAGUUUCACCACCCGGCAGCGGUUUGGGUAUGCCGACAUCAUCAUCGGCGCAGCAUGGCGGCAAGGGUAUAUCGAGUAUGGCCAAAGGCUAUCGUCACAGCUAUGCCGAACCGGUAUUCUCACGAUCAGCAGGUCGUGUGGGCCUGGCCGCGGUUAAUCCAUAUUGAAAUAGAUUAAUGCAAAAACGAGCGUGUAAUAGUUAGAGAGUAGAACUUUCGUAUAUUUUUGUUUUUAAUGAUGCGUUUUAUUUUCUUUUCUUUUUUAGUGUAAAACACAAACAAUCGAUCACAUUUUAUGUUUUGUAAAUGAUUUUCUUUUUUUUAAGUUUUAUUUCACUAUUUUCUCUAGAUAUUCUUGUUUUAAAUAUUUUCUAAUUCUUGUGUAGCCUUUUAAAUGGUUUAUUUAUAAUUUCAAGUUCAAGGUUAAAACUGAUCUUUGAAUUUUCAUAUUUCGCAGAUUUAAAAAAAGAGCAAAAUUUAUUUCAAUUCACCGAGGUCACUAUGUAAUUCAAUCUUUUUUUGGAGUAAAUAAUAAAUCAAUGUUGAGUAAUCAUCAUCAAAUUAUUUAUGAAUCGCUGGCUUUUUUUGGCGAUUUAAAGUCACUUUCAACGAAGGAUUAAUAUCUUUUUUCUUUUCCGUUUCUAGGCUUCUUUUUUCGUUACUGUAUAAAUAUAUAUAAUAUAUUUUUUUUUUAUUUAAAAACUUUAUAUUUGUCGUUUUGUGGUUGGUUAUUACAUACGGAAUGUGUAUUCAUAUGAAGUGUACUUAUAAAACGUAUUUUUAGUAUUAAACAAAAAUUAAAAUCAUUUUUUUUUAUUUGAAGAAAUAAACAAAUAAAUACA